UGCCCUGUUUGCAUUUAUGAAUUAGGAGAUGUGCUUGGUUAGAAGAAACUGAUUAAUUUCUUGAUGGGAAGAAAAAUCUUGUUUAGUUUUUCACUCAUUUUUUUAUGUAUGGGAUUUUCUCUAACUUGUGACCAGAUACUUGCCAGGAAGAAUGUAAGUUUCAUCUCUCAGACAUCUUCAAAUAAAGAAGUGGUUGUAAACGAUCAGCAGAGUAAUGGAGAUAUGAAACAAAGCCAGAAUUGUACAACAGUACCAAUCACACAGACUCUCAACUACACUCUGAGCAGACAAGGACAUUUGGAAAAAGAAGCUUGGAAUGCAUUCAGCCAUCAUAGCCCAGUUAAUGUCUCUAUGGAUGGAAUUCCUUGCAUUCUUUUCUGGGCCAAAAGAAUAACAAUAAAAUUUAAGAAUCAGACCUGGCUGGAUUUUACAGAUGAAGCUUUUGGCCAGAAGGCAGCAGUGGACACUAGCAACUCAAAUUGCAGUGAAGAAAGUGCCAUUUUAUCUAUGAAGUUUGGUGAUGCUGAAAGUCCCAAAGGUCUUGAUAUAAGAUUCACCCUUACCAAUUACAAAAAGUCGUACAUCCAGAGCUGGUUUAGUUUGCACAGAGUUGAGAUUAUUUUCAAUAAUUCGAUCCAAGCAACUUUUAAUGCCACUGGCAUAUAUGCGCCAUCGAGUUAUUCCUACCACUGCCAGCAUGUCAGCAGCCUGCAGCGUUCUGAUGCCCUCUUGUUGCCCAGCUACGUGGAUGAUACUUCAAGCCUGUGGGAGGUCACUUUUGUUGAUUUCCAGAUCCAAGGCUUUACCAUCAAGGGGAAGCAGUUUGCCAAGGCCCGAGAUUGUGCCUCUUCCUUCUCACCAGCAAUUCUGAUUGGCCUGGCCAUGUCCCUGAUCCUGCUGCUGGUGCUAGCCUACGCUCUGCACAUGCUCAUCUACCUGCGAUAUCUGGAGCGGCACUAUGAUUUUAUCACCUCUCCGGCCCACUUCCCCCACUUGAAACCUCGAGAUGCCGCAGAAGAGAAGGAGCUGCUGAGGAGCCAGGGAGUCGAGUGCUAUGAACUGAGAAGCCAGCAGAUCUGCAAAAUUUAUGUGUAACAGCACAGACCCCUCUUCCUCACGAAGUCCACAAUGGCCAAUGAAAGGAGUGAUUUCUGUUGUGUCCUCUUUGACUUAUGAUAUAAAAUUUUUACCUUAUGGCUUGAUUUAAAAAAAAAGGAAAUACAUGCAAAAAAUACAUUUUGGAGCGUCCGCUGGCCUACUUGAGGCAAUGAAAAAGUUAUCCCAGGAACCCCACAGAAAUAAAUAUGAUUGUUGCCCCAAACGUACUUUGAAAGCAAAGGGGUAUUUCGAAUUAAGACAAAAAAAAAAAAAAAAACCACGCCAAAACCCAAACAACAACAACAACAACAGCAACAGCAACAAAACCCAAAACCAAUGAUGCCAUUUAGAGCAGGGAAAACAAAUUUGGUCCUCCUUGUCUGUGCCAGUUUGGAUGUGCUAAGUACAGAAAUAAUAAAAACAAAGGUUAUCUGGAA